CCCGUGACGCUAACCAAGCUCGCGUGCACGAGCACAUCCAUGCAGCAGCACAGAGCAGCCAAUUUUGGCAGGUGUGUUCCGCGCUGCAGCGCACAUCAUGCAGCAGCAGAGAGCGGAGCAUAGCAGAGCACAGCAAGCAGGUCAUAUUGAAAGGUUGCAAAUCGGACGAUCUCGCUCGUCGUUCCAUCAAAAGCGGGCUCGACACACUUGACUUCACACCCAAGGGCCACUCGAAUUCUCUCGUUCUCAACCACCAUCGCACCCGUCCUCCCGGCGACGAUCACAUCUUCAGAGCUCUGUUCACCCGCUCACCACUACCCGAUACCUGCAACCAUGGCUCCUACCGCUACCAACGUCCGCAAUCUGGACGGCAUCAAGAACUACACCGCUUUCUGGCAGAAGGACUCCAAGACGGACAGCAAGACGGACCAGGACAAUCGCCUCAGCGAGUACACCAGCGUCGUCAACGGCUAUUACGAUGGUGCCACUGACCUGUACGAGUACGGCUGGGGUCAAAACUUCCACUUCGCCCGCUACUACCCUGGGGAAGCGUUCUAUCAAGCUAUCGCACGACACGAACACUACCUAGCCUUUGCAAUGCACCUCAAACCCGGUAUGCGAGUCCUGGAUGUAGGCUGUGGUGUUGGAGGACCUGCGAGGGAGAUUGCUCGCUUUGCCGGAGUCGAGAUUGUUGGCCUCAACAACAACGACUACCAGAUCGAGCGCGCCAACAGGUAUACCAAAAAGGCUGGUCUGGAGAAGCAAGUGUCGUUCACUAAGGGCGACUUCAUGAAGCUAAGAGAGCAAUUCGGUGAGAACAGCUUCGACGCUGUGUAUGCCAUCGAGGCAACUUGCCACGCCCCGUCCUGGGAAGGUAUCUAUGGCGAGAUUUUCCGGGUCCUCAAGCCAGGUGGAUACUUCGGCCUGUAUGAGUGGUGCAUGACCGACGCGUGGGACGCUUCUAACCCCGAGCACAAGCGUAUCGCACACGGUAUCGAGGUUGGAGAUGGAAUUCCAGAGAUGAGACCAAUCAAGGCGGCUCGAUCAGCUCUCAAGCAGGUCGGCUUCCAGAUCGAGACGGACGUCGACUUGGCAGAUGUCGGAGACAAGAUCCCUUGGUACUACCCCUUGGAAGGCGACAUUCGCAAGGUGCAGACUCUGUGGGACAUCUUCAUGUGCUGGCGUAUGACUUGGGUCGGCAAAGUCACUACGCAGACCACUGUUCGCGUGCUGGAGACUGUCGGCAUCGCACCUAAGGGUACCUACGACGUCGGAGAGUCUCUCAAGGUGGCUGCUGAGGCGCUCGUAGCGGGAGGCAAAGCCAAGCUCUUCACCCCCAUGAUGCUCUUUGUCUCUCAAAAGCCUCAAGCUUGAGGUGAUGCCAAGCUGCCGGGGUGGAGGACAGAUCAUUGUACAUACUUCGCGAAUCAAUGACACUUUCUUUUGCACUUUGAAA